AUGGACUACACAUCCCAGCGGCUUCAAGAAGAAGCCGUCAAGCUCCAGACAGCGAGCUCCGACGCCUUCUUCACCCCGCUCAACAUCAUCCUCCUCCUCGUCCUCGGCUACACAAUCUACUCGAUGCUGGCGCCGACCCCGCCCCCGAUCCUGCCGAAGGAGCCGCCGGCGACCGUCUUCCGCGUCUUCAACCCGCGCACGCUGCUGCCCUUCAACGGCGAGGAGGGCAAGCCCAUCUACUUCGCGGUCCGCGGCCGCGUCUUCGACGUCACGCCGGGGCGCAACUUCUACGGCCCCGGCGGGCCGUACGCCAAUUUUGCGGGCCGCGAUGCGUCGCGUGGCCUGGCGUGCGGCAGCUUCGACGAGGACAUGUUGACGGAGAACCUGGACGGGCCGCUGGACACGCUGGAGGGCCUGGGCCCGGACGAGGUGGAGGCGCUGCAGGGCUGGGAGGAGCAGUUUGAUAGCAAGUACUUGGUCAUUGGGCGGCUGGUCGCUGUGGGCGAGGAGCCGGAGGAGGAUAAAUGA